UUAGCAAAACAAAUCUGAGAGGGGAAGAAGAACUUUCCACUCCUCCCUAUCCUGCCCCUCAAUUCUUAAAUCCAGGAAAAAUCCCACACCUUGCACCUCAUCUCCGCCGCUGCCCAUCAGUUCGCCGGUCGCUGACGUCCUGCCACCGUCUUUCUCUCCCUGGGAAAAGAAGUAAUUGGAGGUGCCACGCUUAGCAGGGUGGACAAGGAAAAGGAUUAAGGAACAUCAGUUCGUAAUUGGCGAGUCCUCCCCCAAAAGGAGAGAAUGAUACGUCCCGACAAAUUAUGUUCAUCAGACCUAUAAAUAUUUUAUAUCUCUAUUAUGUUUUUACAAGUCAGGCACAACACUUAGAUAUGUUUAGGGACCCAUUUUUACUCGCUACCCAAAAAAAAGAACACUGUGUCACUAUAGGGAUCUUUUGCCUAUCAAUAUCAUUGGUUUUUUAGGGGGUAUACCGUGUCUGUAUUCUAGAAUAUGGCAACUCAUUGAAAUGGAAAGGAUAAGAAAUCAUCUGGCAGCAGAUACUCUAGCAACAGAGAUGUUUGAGUUACCCUGGUAUUGUAAUUAGUGGGGUGCAUGAUUUUUCAGCACUAGUUCUAUGUUGACUUACUUCAUUGGCUUCAAUCGGGGAUUGUGGGAUGAUUCUUUUUCUUCUUGUUCAAAAAUGUCUCAAGAAGAAUUCUUGUCAUGUUUUGCAACCUCUUUCUUUCCUGAGGUCUUUCUCUUCCCACAAAUUUGCAUUUAGAGGAGAGAAAAACGAGUUAGCUAAUGCACUAGGAGUUCUGAGCCUUUUAAACAUCAAGACAGGAGGUACAAAGAAUCUGCAAAGCCAUCUUCGGCUUAUUGAGAGCACGCUGGAAAGCAAUGCAAAAGCACUUGUUAAGGUUAAUCCUGCUGGUGUGCAGGAUAUGACUGAAAUCAGGGAUGCAGUCAGCAAAAUUGUCCCAUCCUCAGACCUGCGGAUUGAGAAUCUGAUUUCUAUUCAUCUUGAUCAGCGGGAACAAGCAACAGGAGUCGAUGCACACCUUUUGUCUCAUGCUGUGAGCACAUGUGGGUCCAAGCGUGACCUUUUUGGGGGUCUUCAAUAUCAUUGCCUAGCAAUAAUUACUGGCUAUAUUGCUAAUUUAUAUGUUGGAAGUUCUUUGGUAAGUUUAUACAGUAAAUGUGCCUUGUUAGAAGAUGCUUAUCGGGCCUUUGAAGAAAUGCGUAUCAGAAAUGUGGUGUUAUGGACAGCAAUUAUAGCUGCGUUUGCACAAGAGUCUCACAUUGACAAGUGUUUGGAGCUCUUCCAUGGUAUGAGAAAAUCAGCAUUGAAGCCUAACGAGUUCACAUAUACAAGCAUUUUGAGUGCUUGUACGGGCAGUGGUGCACUUGGACAGGGGAGAAGUGCUCAUUGUCAAAUAAUUCAAAUGGGCUUUUAUGCUCAUCUCCACAUUGACAAUGCUCUUGUCAGUAUGUAUUGCAAAUGUGGAGUGAUCCAAGAUGCCUUGUACAUAUUUGAACACAUGAAAGAUAGGGAUGUUAUCACGUGGAAUUCCAUGAUAGCAGGAUAUGCACAGCAUGGGCACGCAAAAGAGGCUAUUGAUCUUUUUGAAAAGAUGCAAUUGCAAGGUGUUAGUCCAGAUGCCAUAACUUUCCUUGGUGUGUUAUCUUCAUGUCGGCAUGCAGGACUUGUUAAAGAAGGUUGGCUAUACUUUAACUUAAUGGCUGAACAUGGCCUAAACCCAGAAUUAGAUCAUUAUUCAUGUAUUAUUGAUCUUCUUGGCCGGGCUGGCUUGCUUCUUGAGGCACAAGAUUUCAUCCAAAACAUGCCUGUUUACCCUAAUGCUGUAAUGUGGGGUUCGCUACUUUCAUCCUCUAGGCUUCAUGGAAGUGUAUGGAUUGGCAUCCAGGCAGCAGAGAGCAGGUUAUUGCUUGAACCGGGCUGCCCUGCAACACUUCUUCAACUGGCCAAUUUGUAUGCCAGUGCAGGCUGGUGGGAUCAAGCAGCACGAGUGCGAAAAAUGAUGAAAGAGAAGGGGUUGAAAACAAAUCCUGGUUAUAGUUGGAUUGAAAUUAAAAAUGAAGUCCAGAGAUUUGGAGUAGAAGAUAAGUCAAACAGUAGAAUGGCUGAGAUCGUUACAGUAAUCGGUAGUCUAAUAGAUCACAUGAGAAGUUCAGGCCUUCCACAGAUGCCCGAGGAGGAAGAUGUUAUGUUUUCAUAGAACUAGUUGGUCCUUCUGCAUUAGCCUAGAUACAUCGCAAGGCUUUCUAGUAUUUCAAGCAUCCCCUAUGCUUGCAGGGAAGCAGUGAAGAAAAGAUGAAUGACUUGAUGGGGCUAUCAGAAUCUAAACUUUCUCCAGAUGAGAUAAUAUUACAAACCUGGAAUGGCAAGAUAUCUUGAUCUCUCCUUUUCAUAUCUCUUGGUGCGAAUUACUUGUGAGCAAGCAUAGCUCUCAGGACUACAGAGAGAAAGGCAUUCGCAUUUCAUGGCAAUACCAAUUACCAAGUUUCAUACGACCUUGUGAUCUGUUUUGGUUGUUCGUUUAAUUUUGUCCGGAAUUGUAAUUUAUUUCCUCA